ACCCGGUUACAGGGUGUCUCACUGAGGAAGCCAGAAAGUGAAACAGCUGUCUGAGGAGACUCCGUGCAGUGCAGCCACUGCUGGAACCGCACACCCUGAUAUCCACGCGCAAUCUUAGGCUGUAUCAGGCCACUGAUAGCUGAUGAAGGAGCUGCUGGAUGAGUUACUGGUUGGAGAGCUGGACGGAUGGAGCAGUAAGAGACAGAGGAAGAAUCUCCAGAGUAAGUACAUGACAAAUAAGAAGCAGGAUUCCCUUAACGCAUGUUAGAAGACAUUGUGGAAAGGGACAAUCAAGCAAGCUAAAGGCGUAAUUUCUCCGUACACCUCUGGAGGAUUUACACAAACUAUUUUCAUUGUCUGAAUAGGAGAAACCUUCUGCAGCUAAUUUGUAUCUAGGCUAAUACAGGAUGAGUCUCACUGGAGAGAAACUGCAUCUGUGCUCUGAGUGUGACAAACACUUUAAAUAUAAAUCAAAACUAAUCUCACAUCAGAGGAGUCACACAGGGGAGAAGCCUUUUAAAUGUUCUGAAUGUAGCAAGUGUUUUUCCCUUAAGCAAAAUCUUGUUAAACAUCAGAGGUGUCACACAGGAGAGAAACCAUUUACAUGUUCUGAAUGCAGCAAAUGUUAUUACCGUAAUUCACAUCUUGUAAUACAUCAGAUGAGUCACUCAGGAGAAAAACCAUUUAAAUGCUCUGAAUGUAGCAAGUGUUUUACAAAGAAGCAAGAACUUGUUAGACAUCAGAGGAGUCACACAGGAGAGAGACCAUUUACAUGCUCUGAAUGUAACAAGUGUUUUUUUUCCAAGAGAGAACUUGUUAUACAUCAGAGGAUUCACACAGGAGAGAAACUAUUUCAAUGUUCUGAAUGCAGCAAAUGUUUUUCCCAGAAUUCACAUCUUGUUAUACAUCAGAGGACUCACAAAGGAGAGAAACCAUUUAAAUGUUCUGAAUGCAGCAAGUGUUUUACAAAGAAGCAACGACUUGUUAUACAUCACAGAAUUCACACAGGAGAGAAACCUUUUAAAUGCGUUGAAUGUAUCAAGUGUUUUGCCGAGAAGCAAGAUCUUGUUAUACAUCAGAGGAGUCACACAGGAGAGCGACCAUUUAAAUGCUCUGACUGUAGCAAGUGUUUUACCCAAAAGUCAAACCUUGUUACUCAUCAGAGGAGUCACACAGGAGAGAAGCCAUUUAAAUGCUCUGAAUGCAGCAAGUGUUUUACCCAAAAGUCACAUCUUGUUAAACAUCAGAGGAGUCACACAGUAGAGUAACCAUAUAAUCAAUUUUGUUAAAGACUGGAGAAGAGAAACAUUCAAUGUCCAUUAAUAUUUUCACAAAAAAGAUUACAUAUGAGAUGAUCACUUCACUGAAGCUUUAACAAGGCAAAUAUAGUCCAAUGAUAGAACACAGCUAUGAUUGCAUAUAUUAAUCAGCUCAGGUGAGCACAAAGUAAAGAGAGAAUAUAUAUUGUCUCUAUCCACAGGAAUAGAGUAAAUGUAAUAAAUAAUGCAGGCCACAUGUGUGUGAAAUCUUAUUGAUGCAUGUAUAUACUGUAAUGUAGAAACUCAAUAGAAAUUUGUGAAAUAUAAAAGGCAUAAAGAACUUCUAGAAAAUCUCAUUCAAGGAGAUGAGAUACCCAAA